AUGGGCUGGCCAGUGUGUAACUCGACACUGGAAGAGGGAACCAUUGAAGAGAUAGAGUUGUGGAAUGGCGGCAUUACCUUCCACCGUCUCUGCGAGAUUGUUGGCGGCGUUUUCGCGCUCAUAGCCGCAGGGGUCUCCUUUUUCUUGAUUAUGUGCCAUGCGACGCAUUACAGCAAACCUAUCGAGCAACGACAUAUUAUUCGCAUCCUCCUCAUGGUCCCGGUUUAUUCCCUCGUCGCAUGGCUCAGCAUCUAUUUCUACAGAAACUCCGUUUACUUCUCUGUGAUCGGCGAUUGCUACGAAGCGUUCACAAUAUCGGCUUUCUUCGCCCUACUCUGCCACUACAUUGCGCCAGACUUGCGGAGUCAGAAAGAAUAUUUUCGCGGAAUCGACCCAAAGCCAUGGGUCUGGCCACUGACCUGGUUGAAAAGGUGUUGCGGCGGGGAGCGGGGGAUAUGGAGGACCCCUCGAAGCGGAUUGACUUGGUUCAAUAUCGUUUGGGUGUCUGUCUUUCAGUACUGCCUACUGCGUGUCCUCAUGACUAUCGUCGCAGUCAUCACGCAGCAUUUCAAUGUAUACUGCGAGGAAUCCCUUAAUCCAGCAUUUUCUCACAUCUGGGUCAUAGCUGUGGAGUGUGUUGCCGUCACUAUUGCAAUGUACUGCCUGAUUCAGUUCUAUAUCCAGGUCAAAGAUGACAUUAGCCAGUACAGCCCUUUCUUGAAGAUUCUUUCGAUUAAACUUGUGAUUUUCCUUUCUUUCUGGCAAAGUAUAUGCAUUAGCUUCCUAUUCUCCGCGGGGGCAAUCAAGGCUACUAAAAAGAUGGCAGAACAGGAUCUCAAGGUCGGACUUCCCAAUUUGCUUAUCUCGAUUGAGAUGGCUAUCUUUGCCGUUCUGCACCUAUGGGCCUUCUCGUGGAAACCCUACUCAAUCGGAAAUACCGCAGUCGAGGUGACCGACUUCUACGGAAACGGCAAAGCAACUUACCAAGGUGGCCGUUGGGGCAUGAAGGCCCUUGUCGACUGUCUUAAUCCUUGGGACCUCGUGAAGGCUGUUAGCCGCAGCAUGCGCUGGCUUUUCGUUGGUCGCAAGAAGCGAAUGCUCGACCCUAGCUAUCGAACUCACAACGAAGCGAUUGGACUUGAUGGCGCUGGUGAAACCAAUGCGACAGCCUACCAAGGCGCAGGUGCGAUGAUGAAUAGUGGGCGACAAGGGCGCUAUACUCCCGAUGAGGAAGGGGAGAUUCUCCUUUCAAAUGCACAGCCGAAUCCAACAGCGCGACCUGAAGGCGAUCCGGGAUUGAAUCCUCCAUCCUACGACGAUGUUGAUCAUGGGCACUACUACCCGUCUCACAAUAGAAUGAGCAGCUCGGCCUUACUGGAUCCAGCGACCCACUCACCACGCCCGUACUCGCCGUAUGAUAAUCCUUUCAGCAAUCCUUAUAUUGUCCCAUCCGACUCGGAAUCUGACCAUCACCAUACGAGUCCCACAACUCAUCACAACGCUCCUUACCCACCGGAUGCCCUACAGGAGCAACCACCGAUGCCUAUGCCUGAGUCGUAUCACCCUCCGUCUCAUGGAGGGGGCCGGGAAACCCGGGAUGUGUAG